AUGACCAAGCAACAAAGAUCUACAAAGUGUGAUCCCUCAUACUGGGAGUAUGUUGAUGCAUUACAUUUUAUGCAUAAUAGUAAUUCGUCAGUGAAACAUAUUGCAUCAUCAUCUGAGCAACCAAUUGAAAGAAGGACCAAGCCGAUGUUGGAUCAAUUUCAUCCAUGCAUUCAUGAUUCCAUUGUAAACAAUGUUGAUGUGAAAGCUGAUGGUAAUUGUGGAUAUCGUGCAGUUGCUGCCCUCUUAGGUAUGGGUGAAGAUUCAUGGUCAUUGGUGCACAACCAUUUGCAUAAAGAACUUACAAAAUGGUCUGAUGACUAUAUCAACUUGGUUACCAUGGACAAGUGGAUGAAUAUAACUGACAUGGGAUAUGUCAUUGUAUCAAGGUAUAAUGUGAUCCUUGUUUCUCUUUCACUCCAACAAAGCAUGAUAUUUUUUCCUCUUAGAAGUCAACCACCAACAGAUUCUUUUGAGCAUCACGUGAUAUGUAUCGGUCAUGUGUAUGAUAAUCAUUUUGUUCAGGUAUUUCUAAGAGACUAUUGUCGUUAUUGCCAGUAG